CGAACUUGUCAACAUCCCUCUGCCCUAUUCACUCCUCCCCUUCUGUGUGUACACAUGGCACUCGACUGAUGGAACAUUUGCAGACAGGCAGAGCGUCCUCCCCUCAGCCUCGACCAGUCAAUCUGUGUCUGGCCUGAAAGCAGUCGCCGCUGAUUGACCCCAGCAUUCAGCACCGCCGCCACGCCACUACGAAAGCAACAGCUGCGACUGCCCUGCUUUUCCACAGCUUUGCCAGUCGGUGUUUACCUCACCACCAAGACAGUCUCGUCCGCGACCCAAUUCACUUGAGACCACCUUCACCAGCCCAUCCAUCAUGCUCGCAGCUGUCCGACUGUGACCUGACCCAGCCCAGUUUCAGUCCUCUUCGAUUCGAUUUCCCUCUUGUUGCCAAAACACUCGCUCGACUAAUUCGAUCCUACUCUAAGAAUAAUACCAAUCCUUCGACCUGUACUUCACUAUGGAACAUAGCACUCUAUAUCCCUUCGACACGCUGCCUCCCGCCACUCGCUCUUCCGGCUCUUCAGUCGACACAUCCUCACCCACAGUAUCCAUGUUCUCCAAGGGCCAUUCUUCUCGAGGUUCCAAUUCCUCGGCCGCAUCCUCGCCUGUCCCCCGAGAGUCCCUCGACAUGUUUGGAGGGGUUAAGCGGUUGGAAGAUGUCACCGAGGAGCCUCAGGAAAGAGACGAGUUUGACGGUUACACGUUGGUCAACGACGGCACAUGUGACUGGAGUGACUAUGACAAGGCUUUCUCAAGUGAUUACGGCCACCCUUCGCCUCCCACCUCCCCAGUACAGCCCGACUGGAUCUUGGCAGCACCCAAUGACUCGUCAAUCACCCACCAGCCUUAUCAUAUGGUGCGUCGCAGAUCAGCAGAACAGCCGUCGUCAACACAGGGUCACCGCUUCAGCAGCAAAUUUGGGUCACUAUCCCGACGGUGGAAGAACAGAUCGGCAGCUGGACCUCAGCUCUCAAUCGUCACGCAUGUCAGCGCUUCCGCUUCUCGUUCGGGAUCCCUAAGCUCUUCGCAGAUCUGCAGCCCGGCUCUCAGUGCUGUCUCCAAGCAUGAAAGCAUCCUGCCAUCCUCCUCGACUGUGCACCUGACGAACGAAGCAGUCGUUGACGCGGAUGUGAGACCAAUAGAGAUUGAACAGAAGAUGCCAGAACAGGACUUGGCGGAGUCAAUCCAAGCCACCACACCUCUAUUGCCACCCAUGUUCUCCGAAUUCUGCAAGAGAGAAGAGCCUGUCCACUCUCCUCUUCAAUCACCGGCUAUUGCGCCUACAUCCGCCGUUCUGAGCUCACGGCCGUCCCUUGAUGCACCAUUGUCAGGCCUGCCAUCCCCUCCAUUGUCGACGAAACCGUCAAUGGUCUCCAUCCACACAAGAUCCCGCGCGAACACGGCGAACAAUUGCCCUUUUGGCGAUAUCCCCCCAUUGCAGCUUCUUGAAGACCCCUCCGAUCCUUGGGCCGUUCGCCUGGGUCAUGCCAACUAUACCAUACACCCAGAGCCGUACACUCCUGAGACCCUGGACUUGGACUCUUAUGCCGAGUUUCGCAAGAACUGGGAUCAGGCCAGAACACACUAUGCUAAGCACAUAACGAGGACCGCCGAGCACUACGGGUCCACUUCCAAAGUCUAUAAGCUGACGGAGGAAAAGUGGGCUUCGAUUGACGACACUUGGAAGCGGCAACACAACCUUAUGAGGACCGCCCUGGCCCCGGUUCUGGCUCGUCUAAGCGGUGAUUCGGAGACGCAAGACUCUACCACGUCGAGCUCGGUGCUCGAAAAGCCUCUCACUAGAGUGGUUGUGCCUGUCAUCGAUGACAAGAGUGGAAAAUUUCCCAAGCUUGGUGACGGCGAGAUAGUCGGACCAAUGUCUGUCGCUCCCCCUCGCGCUUUCAGCGAUUCCAACAGGGGCGCCGAAACAGGGAGCCCACCCAUCUCACCACACAAGCGGAAUCUCCUCAAAGUCCUUUCCGAUAUCUUUCGCAACUGAUAUGUACAAAUCCCUGCGAUCCUUUUCACUUGUACACAAAGCCCUCCUCGCCACGACUGUACACAUUUUCUUUCGGGUUAUACAGAACCAUUUGUCUACCAUUAUUAUGGCUGGCGUUAUCGAGACAGAGACCUACAGAUGCGAAGGACGUGACCGCAAGGUCUUGAAGGAGGAAAAGAAACUUGAAUCCAGGGAGCGAUCCCUUGUCAACAACACCUGCUAUGCCACUUUCCCUGGUAACAACAACAGCCAUAUUUGCCAAUUCGUUCUCUAUGCUUUACGAUGACCACGACGAAAAGUCUAACGUUCCUUCCACAACAUUAUCCUCAUCCAGCAAAUGGUAUUCCAGAUGAUGACGACUUGCAGCCUUCAGCACAGCGAAGCGACCUUUUUUUUUAAGUCUUUGUUUUCAAUGCUUUCGGGUGCGCGAUGGAUUUCGGAAAUCGGUGAGGAAAAUUCAAAUUCGGCGUCACCAAGGUCCUGUAGGUGGAGAUGGAGUUGGGGGAAUAUUUUCGUACACAUGGCGGCUUUCAUACAUCGCUAAACGGACGUGCAACCUCUCGAGAGCGAACACGAUAGAAGGAUCCUGAUGUAUGCUAGCGCAGUCGGACUGCCAGAUUUCUGCUACAGUGAUAGAGAGAGACGGAGCUGAGGGCUGAGGGCUGAGAGCUGAAGCCAAGAGGUCCUGGUUAUAUGGCCAGAACAAAGUUUUCGAGAAAGACAGUUAAGACAAAGUGCAGAUAUACGCCCUCAAAGAAACUGGGUAGAAAUGGCAGAAUCUGAAAAGUGGAAAAAAGCGC